UGCACGAGCGCUUGUGCACUUGCAUGUGCGUGCAUGCGUGCGCACCAGCGCCAUUCCAACGAUAACCUCCUCGCAACACAACUGCACAGUCACUUCAUCUCGCCGCACGAUCGAGCCUGAUCCCUGAAGCAUGCGACUGCGGUUCUUCGCCAGGUCAGCAUCACGUACAACGCACUCGUGGCCGACAACUUCUGGGUGCAGCGAACGGACGCUGACAGGGAAGCCGUGAGCCGCAUCUUGCGCGCGCUGCAGGACGCGGUGCGGAACGGAACGCGCGCCUCGCCCGCCAUACCCGUGCGCAAAUCCCUCGUCUACAUGCUGGACGAGACGCGGCCUGUCGCCUGGCCCGAGGCGCCGCUCGACUUCCGAAGCGGUCUGCUCCUCCUCUACGGCGAAGUGGUGGACAGCGAGCACGGCUUUUUCGGCCACUGGCUCUCGAGCCACCGCACGAUCCAGGCCUCCUACGGACGAUCGUGGUACAAGGCUGCAGGCCUGGUGUACAGACUGGACACCAGCGCGCUGUCCACGUACAGCCCGGCGCAGGGCGUCAUCUCGCUGGCGACCGCAGCAGCGGAGCCUCCCGUCUACUACAACACGGGCACGCCCGCCAUGGCUUUCGGGGGCCUGGGCUUCGUCUACGCGCUCCGCCUGCUGCUUGCCAUGGACGUCACCGUACUGCUCAGUUCAGCGGCGCUCGGCGGCCUGGUGGUCGCCGAGGACAAUGACCACCUGGCACAGGUGCUGGACUGCUCCGACCACGAGGAGAAAUAUGCCGCGUUUCCGUUCCUGCCCGCGUUGGAAGCGGCACACGCAGCCUACGUGCAGUCCGUCAGCGGCACCGUAGAGCCGCGGCUGAAAGGCUUGGAGGACUUCACCGCAGAGCAGGUCUUCUUCAUGACCAUGUGCUUCAGUCUGUGCCAGGAGGACGGCGCUGGGAGGCGCUGGUCGCCCCCCUGCAAUGCGGCUGCGCGCAACUUCGCGCCCUUUGCCGCGGCCUUCCGUUGCUCCGACAAGUCGGCCAUGAACCCGGCGGAGAAGUGCCGAUUCCUGGAGAGCGAUCAGGCAGCGGAGAAUUCGCGGAGCAAUAGGAAAUGACGCCUCAUUGACGAGCCAAGAUGCGCUGAUUGCGAGAACGUUUGGUGCAGCGGAGAGGUCUUGAGAGCGAGCGUGAAUUUAGCGGAUCUACAUACUUCUGCGCGUCCCAGGCGCGUGCGCGCCUGAUUAUUUGACUUUGCUAGCUCCACCUGUUUUUAUACCGCUUGCUUGUAUCUUCAUGCAGACAUGAUGCAGGCGAGCCAAAUGUAUUCAGUGAUGUAUACGAUGAAGCAAGUGCGCUGCACAGCUUUCUGCCACGGACUUGUGCAGACGUUGAUUUGUGUCUGUUUGCAGCAUAUAUAUAUGUGCGUAAAUAUUGCAUUUAUUUAUUUAAGGAUACCUUACAGCUCCCUAGAGGCAUUGUGCAAUGGGGGAGAGCGCACUCAAAGAUUAUAACAUGUUCAAUAGUUAGAAUACAUAUGUGAAUAUAUAUAUAUGAGGGCGAAUCAGAAAGUUCUUGCCCCUAUUUCUUAUUAGCCAAAAAUAAAGCUGCA